UGUCGUCACAGCACGAUCAUAUUUUUUCACCCUUCACUUCUCCUUUUACACAAAUAGUACCGGACAUCCGUGUUACAGCCUUAUCUUGGCCACCUCAAGGAUAAUCACCAAAUUCUGCCUAAAGGACUGAGGAACGGUGCCUGGAACAGGGCAAGAAUAUCACAGCAUGGGCAUGAGUAGCUUGAAACUGCUGAAGUAUGUCCUGUUUUUCUUCAACUUGCUCUUUUGGAUCUGUGGCUGCUGCCUUUUGGGCUUUGGGAUCUACCUGCUGGUCCACAACAACUUCGGAGUGCUCUUCCAUAACCUCCCCUCCCUCACGCUGGGCAAUGUGUUCAUCACCGUGGGCUCCAUUAUCAUGGUAGUUGCCUUCCUGGGCUGCAUGGGCUCUAUCAAGGAAAACAAGUGUCUGCUUAUGUCGUUCUUCAUCUUGCUGCUGAUUAUCCUCCUUGCUGAGGUGAUCUUGGCCAUCCUGCUCUUUGUAUAUGAACAGAAGCUGAAUGAGUAUGUGGCUCAGGGUCUCACCGACAGCAUCGACCGUUACCACCUGGACAAUAGUACCAAGGCAGCAUGGGAUUCCAUCCAGUCAUUUCUGCAGUGCUGUGGUAUAAAUGGCACGCGUGAUUGGACCAGUGGCCCACCAGCAUCAUGCCCCUCAGAUCCAAAAGUGGAGGGUUGCUAUGCAAAAGCCAAACUGUGGUUUCACUCCAAUUUCCUGUAUAUCGGAAUCAUUACCAUCUGUGUAUGUGUGAUCGAGGUGUUGGGGAUGUCCUUUGCACUGACCCUGAACUGCCAGAUUGAUAAAACCAGCCAGAGCCUAGGGCUAUGAUCUGCAAUUGCCCCGUGUUGGAGAGACGUGUUUCAUCUCUGGAAAUGCAAAAACAUUUAUAGCAUGAAGCCCUAAAUGAUCUCCUGCUGGAUUGUCCUCCUCCCAUCCUGUCCCUUUUUAGGUCCCUGUCUUAUAAAACCAGAGAAGAGGGCAUUUGCCAGGCACAUCCCAUCUCAGGCAGCAAGACAAUCUUUCACCCACUGAUGGCAGCAGCCAUGUCUCUCAAAGUGGUGAGACUAGUAUCUGAGCAUUUUUUAGACAUGGGAGGCAAAGAGAAACUGGAACUAAUAGCACAAGGUCAAAGGAUGAACCCAGGACAUGAAUUUUUACAUUGUCCAAUUAUUCUCCAGCCUUUAAAUCAUGCCCAGUCUUCUCCCCAAAGUCAAGGAAGAGACAAGUUGAAGAGAGUUCUGGGGCCAGGCUCACUGGACCACCAUUGUCAAAACUCUCUGUUUCUGCGUGACUGAGAGCUGUGGCUACAGGAAUUAUCUUGCCCUUUCUCCAAAGGGCAAGAUCUCAUUUCAAUUUCUUUAAUAGAGGGCCUUAUUGAUGUUUUCAGAGAAAAAAAAAAACUAUCCAGUGAUUUAUAUCCUGACUUCAACCAGUCACUUAGCUGAUAAUCACAGUAAGAAGACUUCUGGUAUAAUCUCUAUCAGAUAAGAUUUUGUUAAUGUACUGUUUUACUUUUCAAUAAAUAAAACAUUAUCUCAAUCACAA